UUAUUACUUUUAUAACAAAAAAGUAAUAAAAACAAGGAAGAAAAAGAAGAAGAAACAUUAGUAACCCAUUAUGUCUUACUCUAUCUUCUUCUUUUUCAUCCUUGUUCUUGCCAAUCCUUCUCACCAAGCCCCAGAUUUGGUAACCACAACUUGUGAUAAAACCUUGUACAAAGACCUCUGCAAAUCUGCCCUAGCCACAGCUCCAAAAACUGAUGUAAAAGAUGUGCAGAGCUUAGCCAAAUUUGCACUAGAAAUGACAUCAUUAAAUGGAGGUGAAAUACACAAGCGCAUUACCCAGUUGCUUACUACAAAUUCAGAUGAAUUCGUGAAGCAAUGCCUCACAGAUUGCUCAACUGUGUACCAAGAUGCCAUUGAUCAGCUUAACGACUCCAUGGUUGCAUUGGAUACUAAAGCUUUCAAUGAUGUUAAUACAUGGGUGUCUGCUGCUAUGACUGUUGCACAGUCAUGUGAGGAUGGAUUCAAGGGCAAGCAAGGGAUUGUGUCUCCAUUAACGGAUAUGAACAAAAGGUUUGGCCAGCUUUGCAGUUUGUCUUUAGCAAUAACAAAUCAGGCGGCUAAAAAUUAACUUUUUUCUAAUCUAUGCAUAUGUACAUCA